UAAACGAAUUAGAUUACUUCUGCCCCACAGUGUGCAAUAUGCCCAAGAACUAGAAAAAAAACAACAACAACUCACCUCCAAGGCAAUAAAGUGUAAGGAAAUAAAACAUCUUAUGGUAAUCGAUCCCAAGCCGGUGUUUUCUUCUUCUUCCUGUUACCAUGAUUACGGACGUACCUCUUCGUUCAGUGACUGUUACCAGAAUCCUCUGAUGAAGAUGUACAACCGCCAUCAUUUAGGAUCUCCCAAGCAGGCUACAGUGUAUCCUGAUCCAUUGUCCGUCGUGCCUCUACCACGUUCCGUCCAUUCCAUUGCAAUGAACCUGUCUCCCGUAUUCGAUUUGGGUAUGCCCUUUGACCUCUCCUUGCAUAAGAACAGAGUUCCCGCUGACGACCGACCACAGUUCCAGUCUGCUGUUCAGGACGACAGCCAAGAUGACGGACCGUUAGACCUUCGGGUCUCGUACAAAAAACGGUCUUUUCUGUCAAACCAUACUCCACACAAGUCGCACGUUCAUGAUCUCAAAGGCACACCCUUUGGUAACCUUGGAGACGAAGCCUCGUCCUCAGGGUUACAGAUGAUUUAUCCUCGUCCUCUCCACCCACUAUUUCUAGAGUCGAUCUACAAAAUUGAACACGACAAACCAGCUUUUCCGGUUUUUGGCCAACCUGAAUGUGCUUCAACGACCAUUCACUCUCGAUACCCUUUUUAUGACGCUUUUCUCAAUAACCGAUCUUCAUCUUUCGACUUUGUACGAGCACAAAUCGAAAAACUCGGUAAGCCUAUGCACGACGUACUUUAUCCACACUCCAAUAAAUCAAAAGAACGUUAUUCCUGCAAGUUCUGUGGUAAAGUGUUCCCUCGCUCGGCGAAUCUCACUCGCCAUCUUCGGACCCACACGGGAGAACAGCCGUACAAAUGUAAAUACUGUGAAAGAUCGUUCAGUAUUUCUUCCAACCUUCAGCGCCAUGUCCGUAACAUCCACAACAAAGAGAAGCCCUUUAAGUGUUCGAUGUGCGAUCGAAGUUUUGGACAACAGACCAAUCUGGAUCGACACUUGAAGAAACACGAAUCAGAUGGACCAACCAUUCUUGACGAUUCUCCAAAACAAGCCAAAAUCAUAGAUAGAACAGACACAUAUUUUGACGAGAUUCGGAAUUUUAUCGGUAAGGUUACUGAUUCUCUGCCCACUGAUGUCCACAAAGCUCUUAACUCUGCUCUGGACUCUAAUUUUUCCAUCACUGAUCAACUGGAGAGAAAACAGUUCCUACCGUUAAUAAAGAAGCCGCCUCAACAAAAAGCAUCAAUCAUCCAAAGUCAAGUUGAUGAUGACGAUGGUAAAGGAAGCUUAGAAUACGAGGUUCCCACUAAGAUAAAGAGGAAAGAAAAUGAUGUAGAAGAUUAUAACUUCAGCUCUGACAGGAACAGUGACAUGUCUCCAAGAGACACAACGAACUCCGAGGGGGACAGUCAAUCCACUGAUGAUCGAGAAUUGUCCAUUUCUUAUGAAACUAAAACUAACGACUCUCAGAGUUCCGAUGAAACUGAAGAGGAAACAGCUGCAGAACACGUGAAUGGUGAUGAUAAAGAUUGACAAUGCUCAACCGUUAGAACGUUCCCUGCUCAUAUGUCUGGCAGCCAUAGAGACUAGUCAGAAGCAACAGAUCAUUUAAACGAGAAGAGGGAAAUAGCUCAGUCACCGUUUUCUGUUCAAAU